AGCAUUCUCGACCGCUCAGCUGAGCGAGCUCGGGCGAGUUAAAGCUGACAGAGUUUAUCCGUCGUCUGGAGGAAACAAACUAAGGAGACUUAAAACCUCAUCGAUAUGAAGAAGAAAAACCUCCCCUGACCGAAGCGCAUAUCCUUAACUCUACGCUGGACCCGGUUCGGUUCCAGUGGACGGCUUAGUAGGCGAGUUAUGCGCACUUGAAAAUGAAGGGAGCUUGUGUUUUUUUUCUCCCUCGUCCAGCGAGAGGACAAGAUGGCAGCGCGAAAAGAGCAUGCAGUGGGUGCGAAUUAAACCCGAACAUGUUCUCUAAAGACCUGCAGUCCCACCACAGCUGCUGUCUGUGAAGGUAUGGCCUCACAGGUUACGGUCUGUCCACCACAUGUUUAUCAACCCCAGACAAGUGCCUUUUGCAGAGCGAAGAAAAUCGAUCCCAGCAGCUGUGUUUACCAAAAGAUUGCUCGCACUUACGUGGUCGGUGUGAAUCUAGGCAUUGCACACCCCACAGAUAUUAUACCCUUAUCGCAAAUUGAAGUGUUGACUAGCAAGAAACCCUGUGGUACACAGGCCUUUUCAAUACAGACUGAAUCCUUUCCAACUCCACAGGAGCACGUUGGAAGGGCUUCCUUGCUAUACACACGUGUGGCAUUAGAGGGUGACCUUCAGUAUUUCUCCAGAGCGGCCACAGCUGUUGCAGAAGAAAGUGGAGACAGUGGCCAAAACUGCCAAAGUAGUUGUAGUAGUUCUAGAGUGGGAGCAGGGGACGGCGAGGAGGGAGACGUAAGAAACGGUGGUUUGAAUUCAGUUGACAAAACCCAAAAAUGUGGGUUUAAAUGUGAAAGUGAGGAGCUUGAGAAGGUCAAGAGCAUCAUGCAGAUAGUAGAGGAGCAUUCGACUCUACCUGCUAUGUUGCAAACAAACGUUGGCAGCACGGCCGCAGUGGGCAUGGCUCCACCCGAGCAGAAUGGAACAGGAACGGGAACUGUGAGCGGUGCAGUUGAUGGUGAAUAUCAGUUGAUGCAACAUGAAGUGUUAUGCUCCAUGAAACACACCUAUGAAGUGCUGGAAUUCUUGGGACGUGGUACAUUUGGUCAAGUGGUAAAAUGUUGGAAACAGGGCACCAACGAGAUCAUGGCGGUGAAAAUACUAAAGAACCAUCCGUCAUAUGCACGGCAGGGCCAGAUCGAGGUGAGCAUCCUGGCCCGCCUGAGCGGGGAGAACGCAGAGGAGCAUAACCUGGUGCGGGCUUUUGAGUGCUUCCAGCACAGGAACCACACCUGUCUGGUGUUCGAAAUGCUCGAACAGAACCUAUACGACUUCCUUAAGCAGAACAAGUUCAGUCCAUUGCCGUUGAAAGUGAUUAGGCCCGUGCUGCAACAGGUGGCCACGGCGCUGAAGAAGCUCAAGAGCUUGGGCCUGAUCCACGCUGAUCUUAAACCAGAGAACAUUAUGCUGGUAGAUCCCGUGAGACAACCGUUCCGUGUAAAAGUUAUUGACUUUGGUUCUGCUAGCCACGUCUCUAAAGCUGUGUGUUCAACGUAUCUGCAGUCACGCUACUACAGGGCUCCAGAGAUCAUCCUGGGCUUACCCUUCUGUGAGGCCAUAGACAUGUGGUCACUGGGCUGCGUCAUCGCUGAGCUGUUUCUGGGCUGGCCGCUUUAUCCAGGAGCGCUGGAGUAUGACCAGAUUCGUUACAUCUCACAAACUCAAGGGUUGCCAGGAGAGCAGCUUCUUAAUGUGGGAACAAAGACAUCCCGCUUCUUCUGCAAGGAGUCUGAUUCGCCAUACUCUGCUUGGAGACUGAAGACCACUGAAGAACAUGAGACAGAGACUGGGCUGAAGUCCAAGGAGGCAAGGAAGUACAUUUUCAGCUGUUUGGAUGACAUAGGACAUGUAAACCUUAUGCUCAUCAUGGAGGGAUGUGACCAGUUGGCGGAGAAAGCAGACAGGAAAGAAUUUGUGGACCUGCUGAAGAUGAUGUUGAUGAUCGAUGCCGAACAGAGAAUUGCCCCUUCAGAUGCACUUACUCACCCUUUUGUCACUAUGCAGCACCUGAUGGAUUUUCCCCAUUGCAACCACGUCCAGUCUUGUUUCCACAUCAUGGAUUUUUGUCACUCAAGAACCAGCAUUUAUGAUACUCUCAACCGCAACAAAGCACCCCCUCUCACACUUUCCAGUGCUCCAAAUAUCACUGUCGCCUUCAACAAAAUCCAUUCUGUCCACUCUCAGACUCUGCCUCCGUCGGCUCCACCUGUGGUCCAUCCUGGCUUACCAAUCCAAACAGGAAGUGCCCAGUUUGGUUGUAACGACUCGUUUCAGCAGGCACUCAUUCUCUGUCCUCCUGCCCUUCAAGGAAUUCCCUCAAACCCAAGUCAGCCAGCAGGCUAUUCAGUUAGAAUUGAGAAUUCUCUUCCUCUGGUGACCCAAGCCCCAGCAAUCCAGCCCUUACCCAUGAGACCAGGAAUUAUAGCACAACAGCCAUGGUCCAACAGAACUCCACAGAUCUUGAUGCCAGCUUGGCAGCAGGUCCCACCACCUGCUACGAGCUUGGCAUCCGACACAGUCGUUGGACCACAGAGGCGAGGAGACUGGGGGAGAGUGCGGCCACACAGUAGCCAUUACAAUUCGGUGAUGCCCCAACCUUUUGUUCCCAACCAAAUGGCUGUGUCAGCUCAUCAGCCAAUAAACAUUGGCAUCGCUCAUGUGGUCUGGCCUCAGCCUGCAACUAACAAGAGGAACAAGGCUCAGAACAGGAGUAUGAAUGUCUCACACUUUAUGGACACACCGCCCUCAGUGUGUCCAUCAUUAAAGAUUACGGACAGGUUGGUGAGUACAGAGCCAGAGCGGAGCUCUCCUGAGAGAGAGCUGCAGUCCCAGGUGAAGCAGGAACCAGAGCAGGUGGAGGAGGGUUGCUGUAAGGCAGGAGGGGCCAAUCAACAGCGAGAGUCCAUCAUUAUUAGAGAGUCACCCAGUCCAGCGGUCAGUGUCAUUAGCAUUAGCAGUGGCACAGAUGAGGAGGAACAAGUACCGAGAUGCUCCCUUAACAAGUGUAAGGGCAGUCCUGAGUGUGAGACAUGCACAGGUUCUCUGAACAUGGAGCGAGUGUGUUCUCUCAGCAGUCCUGACAGCAGUCUGAGCACCAGCUCCUCUGCCUCGGCACAAUCCAGCCCGUCACCAUGCAAAAGACCCAGCAGCAGUAUAUCAGAAGAUGAUGGCCAUGAAAGUGGGUGUGAAACGGUAGAUGGGUCCCCCCCUUCAGACUCCUCCCUAGGGCUGCACGACAGCCCCUUCCCUGACAGACGCUUCCUGACCAAUCAGAACCAGAAACCACAGGCCAGGCGCGGACACCCCAAUACAGGGCUGAACAAACCUGCAGUGAGGACUGUUGUUGUGCCACCCAUGAGAGUGAUGAACAAUAAUCACCAUCCCAUCAAUGAGCAACACACAGUUGGCACAGUCUUCGAAUCCUUCUGCCAGUCCAGAGGUCGCUGCGGCCCAGGACGACUGAGCCAUCAUUCCACGCCCACGCUGCCCCGCCAGCAGAAAAUGAGCUCUUUAUUCCAGCCACAGCAGCCAGGCUUUGGCCAGAUCCAGCAUUACGGCUCCUGCCACAAGGAGUGGAACGGCAACUACCGGCAGCCGCGCCGGCCGCAUGCCUUCAUCCCGCCAAUGGUGCACGGCCCCGCCUUCCCGCUUCCCCACGGCAGCCCCACACACUCGGCCGCCAACCCGCCACCUCCCGCCCUCCUCUCCUAUCCACCUUCCGUGCCCGUGGCCCACCUCUUGCCUUCGCCGUGCCCACCACCGGCCCAACGGCCCGUCUUGCAGCCUGCCUACAGUCUGGUGCACCACCAGGGCAUCAGCGUAGGUAUCAACCACAGGCUGCUCCCCUCCCCCACCCUGCUCCCGCAGGGCCAGUUCAAAGCCCUCUUUCCCCCGCACUCCUAUGUGGCAUCGCCCGCCUACGCAGGCUUCCCCCUCAGCCCCAGCAAACUCAGCCAGUACCCCUACAUCUGAGCUGGAGCCUGCGGCAACGCUGCUGAAACAGCACUUAAACGCAAGCCGCAAACUUUCAAGCCCCCAUAGGGUUUCCUUUUCUUUUUCUUAUGAAGUUUGACAGCAGUGAUGAUAAUGCAAUUGAAAUCGAGCUUUAUAGAUAUCAUGAUGAUUAAAAUGAAAGGAUGAAUGAGUGAGUGAGUGAAUGAGUGGAUUAAAAAUAAAAGCAAAUUUUUUAAUGUGUUUUUGCACAUUUGAUACAAAGUAAAACCCUAGUCAUUAGAUCUCCUGUACCGAGAGAAACUCAGCAGAUCUUAACCCCACCCCCCUUCCCCUAUGCUAUUUUUUGAUAUCGCUUUUUGAAGUGCGUAUUAGACACAGUGACUCUUGUUAAGCCAUCGCUGUCUACAGUGGUAAAGCCACAUGUGUGUGUGAAAGGGAGAGAGAGAGAGAGAAAGUGAAAGUAUCCCCCUUGUGGCGACCCGGUCAUACCUGUCCAUAUUUUCAUUGUAACCCGUACUCUUCAGUGUUACAUCUGUUAAACCGGUGUUGAAAAAGUCACGCUGCAUGUUUCUGCAUGGGCAAACUUCAAUGAGGGAAGGGCUGAAAACUGUUGCUCUUCUCCCUCUGUGUAUGUGUUGUACAACUUGCUGCAUUGAAUCCUUGGUUCAACAAACAGUGCCUUAAAAUCCAUGUUGUUGCAAGGUUACCCCAAUCCCACUUGCAGUCAUGUGUGUACUGGACUGCAGCACUUGAAACUUUAAAUCGUUCUUUGUGAUUUUUACAUUAGGGCUGUUUCAUAGAUUGAUUUGUGCUUGGUGCAUUAGUUGGCUUGCAUAGUCUCUACGUUAGUAUUGUAAAAGAAUGAUCACAUCACCGUAACUUUAUUUAUCUCUUUGGGUUGUGACAUAGGAAUUCUUUUUGGAGAGGGGCUUAGGCGUAAGACGAUUCAAAGAUGUUGAACCAAACCUGCUCGGUCUAAACAAGGACUUAGCCCCAAAGGGUUUUCAUGUUUUAAAAUCUCACUUAAAAUAAAUUGACACUUGAUUGGCUAUUAACAUUUUCUCUGUCUUCAGUUCUGUCUUUGUGAUUUUACGUCCGUUGAGUGCAUGUUUCCAUGUAAGAUAUGGCUCAUGAAAUGUUCUUUCUACAGGUUUGAACUUUUGUACAGAUAACGGAGCGAAAUAUUGCAAUGGAUAGUCGGUUUUCGUUCAAUGCCCUAGUUGAUUUGGUCAUUAUGAUAUUCAGAAUCAGAAAAGUCCUUUACAUGUGUUAUUUACAGGUGGAUGUUUUUGGGAUGCCCUGAGCAUGUGUUUGAGAGGUAGCAGAUUUAGACUUGUUACGGAUAACUCGCUUCGCUGUAGCAGAGGCGUAUUCAAAUGAACUAUGUACAGAAAAAGUACUUUCAUAUUUGAUAUUCUGUUUCUACUCUAAUAGUAUUUACACUGUUUAAUGAAACUGCAAUACAAUCCAUAGAUUUGGGGUGUACUCUGUUUUUAUUUUAUUUUCAUCAAUUCUACAUUUAUUUUAGAGUUAGAAGUGUUAUUGGUGUUGGAAUUGUAUCCUGUAGAUAGCUCUGAUGAUGUUCUAUGGUUUCAUGUUUGCUUUGUGCAGAAAUUUUAGUAUUGAGUAUCCAACUGUAAGUCUAUCAUUGCUGGAGUAUUCAGUGCUUUAUAAGAUGAGAGUUGAUCGUGUGCAAUUUUCUUCAUAGAUGCAUGUGACAAGAUAAGAUUUUUGUUUAGUAUGCUCUCUUUUCUCACCAUUUAAUUAAGGCAUUUUUUUUUUGUUGACGCUGGCUGUUUUUAUUACAUACAUUCCGUCAGGGACAAAUAGCUUUUUUUUCUGUGUGAUUAGUUUUUAUUUUAUUUUUAUCAAUUUUUAUUAGAUAUGAUUUUUUCAUUAUGUGUGUUUUCCUUUGCUGUCAUAUAACUAUGCUUUUGCUACACCAAAGACAGUAAUUCAUUUCUUAAGCAGAGUAACUACUGUUUUAGCGUAGACCUCAAACAUAUUGUAUUUGAGGCCAUAUUUAACAAAAAUCUGUAGAAAUUUGAGGUUGAUGUUUAGCUUUUUUUGGGCAAGUUAUGACUUUGUUUCAUUUAUUAUUGAAUGUAUCGUAGAUAAGCUGCUAUAUACUGAUUGCCACUUCAUAAUAGCUGUGAAAUUAGACUAUUAACUUUGUUCUUAGCCUUCUUAUUUUAUAUAUAUAUAUAAAUUAUAUAUAUAUGUCUAAUUACCUUGAAAUAGAAGUGAGGAUUUGUUUUUGGUUUUACCGUACUGACUGGCAUCAGAAGCAUUUUAAUGCCUCUCUCUGUUUUGCUUUCUUUCUUUGAAGUGUCAUUGUAACUACUGUAUUGCAAGUAAUGGAGAUUUAGUUUUUUGUGUGUGUGUGGGGCUUGUGUUAUUUUCCGUUUUGUUUGCAUCAGUGUUUUUUAUCUGUUGUUAUCUUGGGGCUAAUCUUUACGUAUUAGAUGCAUAUUGGUAUAAAUCAAUCUUAUUACAUAUAUUUGCAUUUUGUUAAAAGCAUAGCUUGCAGGAUAGAUUUAAUGUACUUUUUUAAGUAUCAAUAUUAAUUUUGUAUUCUACGACCCUCUUAUCUCAUCAGUUCAGAAUAUUAAUCUCAAUAAUGCUUUUAGCACUUGUUGAUACUGUUUAUAAGCUCGCCAACAUUUUAGGUUUGGACAAAAAUAUUUUCCGUCAUCUUGUUAACUUCAGUGCUCAGAUUUGGUAAUCAAGUUUUUUUUUUUUUGGGGGGUCUUCCACCUAAUGAUCAGUUACUCGUUUCAUCAAAGAUGUAUCAGGUAUAUUACUGAGUUUGGAAUGAAAAAAAAAAUAAAUGCACAUGUUUUUGUUCUUUUGAUUACCAAUGAACUCCCAUGUAAGGAGGACUGUUUCUUAGCUCAGAAAACUAGGAGUUAUGCGACCUCCUGUUUUUGCUUAAACAUCUUGCUGUGGGUGAUUAUUCCCUGUUCUUCAAAGUGAGCAACACUGCAUUAGUGCCUUUGAAUUGUGCUUAAGACCUUUAUAUUCAUUUUACAAACACUGCCUGCCAGCCUCUUCCUCACUUUCAUGUUCCCUCGGUCUGAUUGAACGAGUGAACAGUGUGACUGAGGAAUGAAAGCGUAAUUGCAGUAUUUCUCAAACAUAACUGAAAUGCUGUACAGCAAGUUGAUUAAAAGUAGAUCUUAAUCCAUGGUAGAUGUCUUGAUGGACCUCAAUAUAGUGUUGAUUUAACAUGAUUACCAACAUAACUUGUUAGUGAUACACCAAGCAAGCAAUGCAGUAAUCACCUUUAAAGGUGUCGCUGGAAAUGGAUGUUUGUUUCUCUAAAUUGUGAUGAAAAAUCCAGUCACUUGUUGGGUCUGGCUUGUGUGUUUGUUCUUGGAACACAUCUGAAUUAGUUAAUUUUUAAGACCACCAACAACAACAAAAAAAAAAAUACUAUUAUGAAGUGAUAUCAGGGAUUAUUAUUAUGCUGAUUAAACAUCCAAGACACAGUUUUCUUGUAUUCGGGAAGCUUGACAUAAAUACACUGUGAAUGUAAACGUCAACUCAUGUUUCACCACCAUGUUGAAACAUUUGUAAAAUAGAAUAAAUGAACCAUGCCCUUUGUUUAACAGGACGUAACAUUAUCCAAGUGCAUUGCUUUACUCCAUUUAUUUGGAGAUGCAGUCCAAAAUGUGUUUUGGUUCCACAAGUUGUCUUGCUUUAUUGUUUCAGAACAGUGGAUCUUUAAUAUAUAGCAUGUAGCACUAGAGAUGAGUACUAAAAUUUCUACUCGUGCACAUAGACAAUUGUAUGAAUUUAAUGCAUUAAUUUGUUGCUAGUAGACAUUUCAGAAAUGUGACCUGCAUUGUAAAAAGGUCUACCAACCUAAAUAAGAUUGAACCUUAGCCAAAGUGCUAAGGACAGCCGGCUGCAUGAGGGAUCUACACACAAAGCUAAAGAUUUAGAAGAAAUUUCUCCCAAACCAAACAAUUUUAGGUUGUGCUUUGAUUGUUUUGUUUUCUUUGAUUUCACACAUUGUUUUUCUUUUAGAGGUUCUUGUACAGUUCAUUCAGGGUCCUUGUAUUAGUCAUAUGUGCUACUGUGUAACACUUGCCGUAAGAUUUGGGUUGGAUUGCUCUAUUUUUAACUCUUCUGCAGAUAAUAUUUGAGUAAAAGUUCAAUCUUACUGCAAGUUAUUUAAUAAUAUUUAGACUUAAGAGCAAGCAGACUUGAUUUACUAAAUCGAAACUGUUACCGUUUUCUUAUUUGUAGAUUUUUGUGGCUUUUUGAUUUCUGUUUGCUUUUGUUUUCUAUGCUACAUUAGUUUGCUAUGUUGCCACUGCACUGUGCAAUAUUCACUAUAUAAGGACUGGGAAACUUAUAUAUAUAUAUAUAUAUAUAUAUAUAUGUAUAUGUAAUGUCUCUUACAGUUUGCAGUCGUAUUUCUCUAGUUCUCAGCGAUUUAUAUGUGACCAAGCCUUAUGUACUUUGUCACAAAAAGCGGGUUUUCCUGGUGACUAUUGGUGAGUGUCAAAUUAAAGAAAUGGUGUAUUGUCAAAAUUCACUUUGAAUUAAAAUAUAUAUAUUGCUGCGGGCACACAUUUGGUCUCAGUGCUUUAUUUUGAUAUAUUAAGGAAAUCUUUUCAAUGUAUUUGACCACGUAAAGGGCAUGGCAUUUUCUAUCUUGACUGGAUAUUGAUUUAUUUUAUUUACACAUAAAGGAUAUGGAGUAUUCCAGCUUGACUGGUUUUUCAUUUAAUAAAUCGAAGAAAUGGCGCCAUCUUGCGGAUGGACUCAAAAUGACACUGACGUCUCCUGGUCUUAUGUAAUAAU